AUGCAGACAGGGCCACUGACUUCCACACUGCGGUGCCACUUGCGGGUGUCUGCAAACCCUUCUUUCCUGGCUCUCUGGCAGGAGAAGGACCUGCACUCAGGCCUCAUUGGGCCAUUGAUCAUCUGCCGCCAUGGGGUGCUGAGCUUCGUUUUCAGACGGCAGCUGGCUGUGGAGGAGUUCUCCCUGCUCUUCACCAUCUUUGAUGAGACCAAAAGCUGGUACUUCCCGGAGAACAUGGAGAGGAACUGCCGCCCUCCCUGCCGCAUCCAGCAGGACAACCCUGACUUUAAGCGAAACCAUUCCUUCCACGCCAUCAACGGCUAUGUGAGUGACACAUUGCCUGGGCUGGUGAUGGCUCAGCAGCAACGGAUCCGAUGGCACCUCCUGAACAUGGGCAGCACUGAGGAUGUUCACUCCAUCCAUUUUCAUGGGCAGCUGUUCAGCGUCAGGACUAGCCAGGAGUAUCGCAUGGGAGUCUACAACCUUUAUCCCGGUGUCUUUGGGACAGUGGAGAUGUGGCCCUCACAUGCUGGGAUCUGGCGGGUAGAGUGCAAAGUGGGAGAGCACCAGCAAGCCGGGAUGAGUGCUCUCUUCCUCGUGUACAACCUGAACUGCCGAAACGCCCUUGGCCUGACCUCAGGCCACAUUGGAGACUCUCAGAUCACAGCAUCAGGGCAGUAUGGGCAGUGGGCUCCUUACCUGGCCAGGCUGGAUAACACCGGCUCCAUCAAUGCUUGGAGCACUGACCACAGCAACGCCUGGAUCCAGGUGGAUCUUUUGCAUCUCAUGAUUAUUCAUGGCAUAAAAACCCAAGGGGCCCGACAAAAGUUCUCCAGCCUUUACAUCUCUCAGUUUGUUGUCUUCUACAGCCUUGAUGGGCAAAGGUGGAGGAAAUACAAGGGGAAUGCCACCAGCACACAGAUGCUGUUCUUUGCAAAUGUGGAUGCAACCACGGUGAAAGAAAAUUACUUCAACCCUCCAAUCAUAGCCCAGUACAUCCGCAUCCACCCCACUCACUACAGCAUCCGGACCACACUGCGCAUGGAGCUCAUCGGCUGUGACCUGAACAGCUGCUUCAUGCCCCUAGGAAUGGAGAACAGAGGGAUCCCUGACCAGCGCAUCUCCGCGUCCUCCUACAGCACCAACAUCUUCUCCAGCUGGUCACCCUCGCAGGCCCGCCUGCACCUGCAGGGGAGGACGAACGCAUGGAGGCCAAAGAGCAACAGCCCCAGAGAGUGGUUGCAGGUGGACUUUGAAGUAACCAAGAAGGUGACUGCAAUCAUAACCCAAGGUGCCAAAGCUGUCUUCACCCACAUGUUUGUGAAGGAGUUUGCUGUCUCUAGCAGCCAGAAUGGCAUGCACUGGAGCCUGGUCCUGCAGGAUGGCAAGGAGAAGAUUUUCAAGGCAAACCAAGACUACACCAGCACAGUGAUGAAUACUCUGGAGCCCCCUCUCUUUGCCCGCUAUGUGAGGAUACACCCCCGCCAGUGGCACAACCACAUUGCCCUGCGGAUAGAGUUCCUUGGCUGUGACACUCAGCAGGAGUACUGA